AUGCGGGAGUGGUGGGUGCAGGUGGGGCUGUUGGCGGUGCCCCUGCUGGCGGCCUAUCUACAUAUCCCGCCCCCCCAGCUCUCCCCUGCUCUUCACUCCUGGAAGUCAUCAGGCAAGUUUUUCACCUACAAGGGACUGCGCAUCUUCUACCAAGACUCUGUAGGUGUGGUUGGAAGUCCGGAGAUAGUCGUGCUUUUACAUGGCUUCCCAACAUCCAGCUAUGACUGGUACAAGAUUUGGGAAGGCCUGACGCUGAGGUUUCAUCGAGUGAUUGCCCUCGAUUUCUUAGGCUUUGGCUUUAGUGAUAAACCGAGACCACAUCACUACUCCAUCUUUGAGCAGGCCAGCAUUGUGGAGGCACUUUUGCGGCAUCUGGGACUUCAGAACCGCAGGAUCAACCUUUUGUCUCAUGAUUAUGGCGACAUCGUUGCUCAGGAGCUUCUCUAUAGGUUCAAGCAGAAUCGAUCUGGCCGGCUUACCAUAAAGAGUCUCUGUCUGUCAAAUGGAGGUAUAUUUCCUGAGACUCAUCGUCCUCUCCUUCUGCAAAAGCUUCUCAAAGAUGGAGGCGUGCUGUCGCCCAUCCUCACACGACUGAUGAACUUCUUUGUGUUCUCUCGAGGGCUCACCCCCGUCUUCGGGCCAUACACCCGACCCUCUGAGAGUGAGCUGUGGGACAUGUGGGCAGGGAUUCGCAACAAUGACGGGAACUUAGUUAUCGACAGUCUCUUACAGUACAUCAAUCAGAGGAAGAAGUUUAGAAGACGCUGGGUAGGAGCUCUGGCCUCGGUAACUAUUCCUAUUCACUUCAUCUACGGGCCUCUGGAUCCGGUGAACCCCUCCCCGGAGUUUCUGGAGCUGUACAGGAAAACGCUGCCGCGGUCCACAGUGUCGAUUCUGGAUGACCACAUUAGCCACUACCCACAGCUAGAGGAUCCCAUGGGCUUCUUGAAUGCAUAUAUGGGCUUCAUCAACUCCUUCUGAGCUGGAAAGAGUAGCUUCCCUGUAUUACCUCCCCUGCUCCCUUAUCUGUUGUGUAUUCCAUUUAGAAAGAAAUGCCCAAAAGAGGUCCUGGCCACCAAACACUCUUCUCUCACAAAGGUCCACAUGACUCACAUUGGUGAACAGCAUACAGUAGAAAGCCAGUAGAAGCUCCGACUAAGGGUGACCUAAUAGUCCACCUCCCAUUCCUUUGACAUCUGAUCAAGUGUAUGGACUUGCCUUUGCCUUUGUGUUGUUAGGAAAUUCCAUUGAGCACUACUACUCAAGGUUGCAGAAAGACAGACAUUCUUUUGCACAAAUCUUUUAACAUUUCUGUGGACUUUUCUGAAAUAUUUAGAAGUGCUAGUUUCUGGCCAAGGCCCGGUUCGAAUCGUACAGUGAAGAACGAGGAGAUGGUGCCUGCUUACCUCUCCUGAAUGGCUCUAAGGGCACCUGCUUUUUUACGUUUUCUCAGUAGCAUAGCUUCCAGGGAGAGGGAGUCUCCCUUGUCCUAACUUUGACGUAGUUUCAUAAGUUGCAUUUAAUUAUAGACAUUGUGUUAAAAGUAGCUUUUCGUUUAAAUAAUGCAGUAUUCUAAGUGUACUUUAAGACUAUGAUUUACUUACAUGUAUUAUGUGUAUUUUAGGAGGGUACUAAACCAGCAGACACUUACUCUGGCAGAAUAGUGAACAUUAUUAAACAAUAGUUAACUUCUGAAUAAGCUGAACUCAAUCCAAACUAUUUACAAAAUUUCCUAAAAAAAAGAAAAAAAAAGAAAAAAAUCACAGGACAUUAAAGACCAAUAGCACCUAUGCCAGGGAUUUACUGUUAUUGGCUGGAAAGACCAAUUUUAACAGCAAAUAACAGCCUGACUCUUCAUACCUCAGUGCUUUGAAGCACGUCCCUCCCGAGCUAAUGUGGAGGGGAGGGGAGCGUUGUACAGUCCCAGCUACCGCGCUGAGUGCACACAGAUUCCGUUUCUGACGAGGGCUUAGCUUCUCACUGGUUGUCCCAGAGAGGCUUCCUCAUGUAGCUCCUCAAUUCCUGUGCUUUACAGACAGGAAAGUUCCAGAAACUUCAAGAACAAAUUCUGAAAGGCCUAUGAGCAAAUGGUGCUGAAUCCUUUU